AUGUCUCUUCAACUAGUUGAUCAAUCAGUUAAGUACCCAAUCGGUAUAUUAGAAGACAUCCCAGUUAGGAUUGGUCAACUUUAUAUUCCGACCGACUUUGUCGUAAUGGACAUUAGGGAAGACGAAGAUAUCCCUAUUCUUCUAGGUAGAACAUUCUUAUCAAUUGUUGGAGCAAUUAUAAAUGUUAAAAGAGGAAAGAUGACUGGUGACGAGAAAGUCGAGUUUAUCCUAUCCAAAUUUCUAAAAGUGCCUCCCAUUGAUGACUCGUGUUGUGCCAUCAAUAUUAUUGAUGAGUGCAUAAGAGAGUUGGAUAGAUAA